UCCAUGAGUAAAGUUUUGGAACGCAGCUCAGAUUAGACAUGAAAACAAUAAUGGCGUAUUCUGUGAACAUUUCUGUAGAAGCGCCGAUCGAGAAUCAAAUACAGGAAAUUACUUAUGAUGGCCAAGAAAUUUAUCAAGCACCUCUCACUUUAUCAGAAAAUUUGGCGAAAAUUGCUCAAAAGAUCGAUUUCAGUAAAACGAAUGGUGAAGAAAUAAAGAAGGAACAAUUAGAAGGCAACGAGAAGAAUGAAGAAGAUACGAAGGAUUCUGUUUUAUUUCAGUCCUUUUUAUGGCCAUGGGAUAGUGUUAGGAAUAAGUUAAGGAAUGCAUUGACAGAAGUUUGCGUAUUGGCUGAUGUACUUGCAAUAGCAAAGGAAAAAAAUUAUAUGGUAUUAGAUCCGGUACCUCAGGAAUUAGUUGAUGUAAAACCUAUGCUACAGGUGUACGCUAGAAAAAAGGCGCUUCAAGGAGCAGCUUCAGUUCUUAUCUCGGGUGCUGAGAGACUACGAAAUUGUCAGGCCGAGUUAGUUAGAACCAGAUCUACCCCUGACUUUCACAUUGAGCUAUUGAGAUUGCGACAAAAUUGGCGUUUGAAGAAAGUGUCAAACUCAAUCAUUGGUGAUCUCAGCUAUCGAACUGCUGGUUCCAAGUAUACACAAACGGGCAUGUUUGAAGUUACCAAAGCUGAAGAAGAGGAAAGAAGUAAUAGUCCACCAGCAUCUCCUAAUACUGGUAGUAAUAUGUCUCAUGGUCCGUCAAACUCAAAAGCAUCCGCCUUGCGCGUGACCAUACCCAGCGAGUUACAAGGUGUUGCAUACAUUGAAGUGUUGUGUCAGAAAGAUCAAGAAGAUUUGUGCAAUGCAAAUAUAAGCUUGCUUAAUAGCAGUGCAAAUAAUUCAAAUACUGACAUGCAUUGGCAGCAGAAGUUAGAGGCUGCGCAAAACGUUUUAUUUUGUAAGGAACUGUUUAGUCAAUUAGCGCGAGAAGCUGUACAUUUACGAGCGCCUAUACCUCACAUGGUUGUCGGAAAUCAGAUUAUGGCCACGGUACUCCCAGGAAUUCAAUUAAUAAUUGGCCUGUGUCACAGCACAGGCAGUGACAAGAAACCUACAGUUCCGCCGCCGCACAAGACAGACCACGAUCACGUGUUAGAACACUCUCUUCACCAACUGUUGCGUGAAGUGCAUUACAAUAAUAGUAAUCAUCCGUUUCCCCAUCCUGCUUCGGCACCUCUCGGACCUAGUAAACGCAGAUAUAUAGCUGGCCCUACCGCUGCUGACAGAUACGAACUUCUAGAAAUGACAAAGAGCCAGACGCUAUUAGAACAAAUUAUCCAACAAGCGCAACAUUUUUUCAUGCGUUUGCGUACAGAAUACGUACUAGAUACGAUAGCAAAAGAAGUGAAAGAUCCACUCAUCGUUUCACAUUGGAACGCGUUGAAUUCGCCGACACAGUCCUGUGUGAAAAUAAAUAUCUUAACGCAUGGAUACGAUAGCGUCUGUCGAACGUCGAUGGUUGUUCAUGUCGGUGAAAAAUCUCUGAAGUGCGUGUGUCGCGAUGGUAGAGUUAUGCAUAUGAGUUACGAACCCCAGGAGCUAAGAGACUUAAUUUUUUGUCAGAUUUAUCAGCAUCAAAUAAGUGCGGUGCAGGCUUUAGCAAAGUGUAUGGGCUGGCAGUUUUUGGCGAACAGUUCACACCUCGGUCUAGGUUCUGUGGAACCCUUGGGAAACGCCUGUAGCUGUAUUCUAGCUUCGCCAAUUGGUGAUAGAAUGAUAGCUGUACGGUGCGAGCCGCAAACGGGUGUACAAGUCGCCAUUGCUCACUCUCCUCGGAAGGAUUUCUUCCCUGGGCAGCUUGUCCGAGAGAGGAAAUGGGAGAAUCUAGGGGGCUCUUUUAAAGAAGUCAGAUGGGACAAGAUGGAAGGAAAGAACUUUCUCAACAAAAUGGAGCUACUUAUGGCUUCUCUGACAAGUUCUUAAAAUUGCAAACUUUCAUACAUUUCUUUUAUUUGGGACUAAAAAGAUUCUCUAUAUUUUUCUAUAUCUUUGAUCUUUGCUUAUAUUCUACUAAAGAAAUAAAAUUGCUGUUACUACAUACUCAAUUUAGAGUAAAAAAACUUUUUGUUCUACAUUGAUCAUACGCAUCUUUAUUCUAUGUACGUGUUAAUGAUAAAUAAUGGGAAAAGGAGAGUUAAGCUGAAGAAAUACAGAAAAUCUCUGUCCCGAUAAGAAAUAUAUAUAAAAAUUCAAUUGUAUCGGCAAGCGGAAUGGGAUUUUUUCCAAAAUAGAAUCAAUUUUGGUUUUAAAAUAGUUUAUUUAGGAAAUACAAGAUGAUUUAAUGAUAAAGUGUCUUUUGAAUUUAUCAAGAAACAAAAAAACUUUGUACAAAUCUAAUUCCUUAUGUUCUCUGACAUUCUUACUGCUAUUAAAAUUUAAUUUUAACAAUUAUGAUUUACAAGUCUGUUUUGUGACUCUUAAAGGAAUCUUAAAGUAACGAAAUUACCGACAUUACAGAAUACAAAAUUCUCCGAAUUAGCUUUACAGAAUUCAAAACUUAUGUAUAAAUAAUAAUGAUAAAUUAAAUAUUUGACCAAUAAAAAUGUUACAUAUAUAACAUUUUUAUUAUACAGGGAGUCUGAAAAUUUUUGAUAUAGCGCUUGCAUAGAACGGACCAAACUGAGUAGAAAAGUUCUGUACCAUUUUGCAAUUGUCGCAAUAAUUAACAAGUUAUUAAGAAGGAAUUUUGCCCGGCCUACCACUGAAUACUGAAAAGUGCGCGGCAGCGCGAGGCGAAAUAAAACCGCCCAGCAAGAUGCUUGUAAACAACUUCCUAGCGACGGCAGAUGCCCGUCUUGCUGGACGAUUUUAUCUCGCCUCGCGCUGCCGCGAACUUGCCGGUAUUCGACGAUAGACCGGGUAAAAUGGCUAUUCCUUUUUAACUAAUAACUCGUUAAUUAUUGCGACAAUUGGAAAAUGGUAGAGGACUUUUCUACUCAGUUUGGUCCGUUUCCUCCAUGCAAGCGCUAUGUCAAAGAUUUUCAGACUUCCUGUAUAUAUGCAUAUAUAAAAUGUACAUAGUUAUCGUAAUUAAUCACAGACAAAAAAAAGCAGUCAUGACAAAAUUCUUGCCCUGUCGUUUGUGAUCUUAAAAUUCUUUCCAUUUAAAAACUAUUAUAUCCUUAACAUUUUUGUAUUAGAAUUUUUAUCUUAAGAUGUUAUAAAAAAUAUUUGUCAUUAAUAUAUUUCGCGCCAGUUUAGGAAUAUUUUUGUGUGCCUUGUGCAUGCGUGCAUUUUUUAAAAUUAUUUAUUGAUAAAUACUUCGUAACAUAAUAAAAUUUUGAAGACAAAAAUUUUAAUACAAAAAUGUCUAGGCUAUAAUAGUUUUCAAAUGAAAAGAGUUUUGAGAUCACGAGUGACAAGGCAAGAACUUUGCACACUCAGGGAUGGUGGUGCUUCUAAAUACCUUUGAUAAUAAUACUUGUUCAAUCAAUUGUUGAACAAAUAUAUCAUUAAGAAAUCAGUUCUGUUUAUCCAUAAUAAAUUUGUUAUAAAAACAGUUCAAAAUGUUCUCAUUAAAUUUUUUAAUGUACUAUGUAUACAUACUAUGUAUUUUUCUAUUAAUUUCUUUUUUUUUAUAAUUUUUUAGAAAAAAAUUCGAUGCAGUUUGAUGCAUAAAUUGAACAAAUAAUGGGGAUUGAAUAAAUAAUGGAUGUAAAUGUUAUUUUAUUGACAAUUUCAAUCUUAAGUUGAGAUAAAAAUGUCUUUCUCGACCAUCGUGGAGAUUUAUCAUAUGAAUCAAAUAAGUGUGGUGACAGUUAACCUUAUGAAAAAUAUUAUUGAUCACGCGAAGAAACUUAAAGCUAAUAAUGUACAAUAUCGAAUUUAAAUAAAUUUUUAAAUAUCCAAUAGUUUUCUCGCUAAUAGUUUAAUAGUUUAACUCGCUCUACCUCUAAAUGCAAGCGCGCGGCAAGAUGCGGCUACCCAGCACUUGAAGUUGUUAGGCACGCGGGAAAAGUUAUUAUUACAAGUGGCAAUGGCUAAGUACGGGCAGCGUAGCACUGGACUCUCCUUUUGCUAUGAUAGUUCCUUGCUUUUUACAAUAAAAUUUUUAACGGCAAAAAAAUAUAAAGCCAUUGGCAAAAUUAUUAGGCACCUUUAUUUCUUUUAAUAUUCUUGAAAUUGAAUGAACGUAAGCUUUCUACAUAAUUAUGUUUUUAUACGACUAAUCUUGUAAAAGGUUUGAACAAGUGAAAUAUAAAGUUUCUUAAGGACAUGGCAAUAUUUACAAAAUUCUUCAUUUCGACUUUGGUUACUACGGACGUGAUUAUUCCCAUUUCACCAUUACUUGCCAAUCUUCUUUGUCUAGUUAUUGUUAAAAAUUUCAAAAUAUGCCCAAAAAACGUGAAUUGAGUGUUGCAAAACAAGCUCAGAUUCUUAUGUUGCAUUCCAAAGGACUAUCUCAAAUGCAAAUAACAAAAAAUGCUCAAAUCAUGGUAGUUCAAUCCACGAUAGAACUAAGCAGCUUAAAUCUAGAUCUGGAAAAGGAAGAAAACGUAAGACUAGUGCCAGAGAAGAUCGAUAUUUGAAGCAAAAUGCUCUAAAAGAUCGUGGUCAAACGGCAAAAGAAUUAACUAUUGCUUUUAAAAGUCACCAUAAAAUUACUAUUUGUGCUAAAACUUUAACAUUAACAGACGCCUCAACAAAGGAAUUUUCUGGCGGAAAGUUUUACAAAAUUCUAAGAAAACUACUAAAAAAUUCUUAGAAAAAUGCUAGAAUUGGAACAUUUUUGUAAAUUUUUAUGGUUUUUUUAGGGCCAGUUUCACAACCGUCGGUUAACUGCUAAUGGGAGAUUAAUCGACUACCUAUCUUUCUCUAUAUUAUUAUCUAAGGAGAGACAGAAAAUCUAUUAACCUCCCGUUAGCAAUUAACCGACGUUUGUGAAACUGGCCCUUAGAAUUUUGUUGAAAUUUUCCUGCUAGGGUUAAAGCAAUAAAGGUUGGAAAAAAAUCAUGGCUCUCAGAGGUAAAUAAAAAAAAGGCGACUUGCAUGGGCAAAGAAAUACAGGAUUUGGACAGCAUCAGACUGGGACUAAAUAUUAUAGUCUGAUGAAAGCAACAUUCAGGUGAAUUUAAGAGUGUUGUAAUAAGUAAUUAAAUAUUAUAUUUUUAAUCAAAAGUACGAAAAAGUACACGAUAUAAAAACGUUUACUUGUGCAUGUAUGAAUUUUUUCUUUUUAUUCAUAGCUAUUUGACACUCUUGUAGGCCUAUUCUGUAACUCUUAACGACAGUUCGGUAUCGUUAUAUUGUCGUUGCGCAACUUUUUUAUCAUAUAUAUGUGCACAACGACGAUAUAACGAUACCGACACUGUCGUUAAGAGUUACAAAAUAGGCCUACGGGAGCCGUAUAUGUGUAUCAUAGAGCUGGAGAAGCAUAUAAUCAGAAAUGUAUCAUCAAAUAUGAUAGCGGUAGUAUUAUGAUUUGGCUGUAUGGCAUCAGCCAGCGUGGAAAUAUCACUGUGAAAUUGGCACAAGUUUAAGAAAUAGUUCCGUUAAUUUAGUAUUAAAAAAAAAAAAAAA